CUCGCGAGACUCUGUGCUGCAGAAAGAUUUCUUCGUGUAGGAAUACAUCAGAAACGAGAGCCGCUUGUAGGCGCUGGAUUUUAGUUUUAGUGAUUGCCGCUCUCGGGAAACGGUCGUGGGAUAUUGCUCGACUUUGAGGUGCGAAUCUUGGUCCAUCCGCAAUGGCUGAUCAACUGACAGAAGAACAGAUUGCAGAGUUCAAAGAGGCAUUCUCCCUGUUCGACAAGGACGGUGAUGGCACAAUCACAACAAAGGAGUUGGGUACCGUCAUGAGGUCUCUGGGUCAAAACCCAACAGAAGCAGAACUUCAAGACAUGAUCAACGAAGUUGAUGCAGAUGGUAACGGCACAAUUGACUUCCCCGAGUUCUUGACAAUGAUGGCGAGGAAGAUGAAGGACACAGACAGUGAGGAAGAGAUUCGGGAAGCGUUCCGGGUGUUUGACAAGGACGGCAACGGGUUCAUCAGCGCCGCCGAGCUGCGUCACGUCAUGACAAACCUGGGCGAGAAGCUCACAGACGAGGAGGUAGACGAGAUGAUCCGCGAAGCAGAUAUCGACGGUGAUGGCCAAGUCAAUUAUGAAGAGUUUGUAACAAUGAUGACAUCGAAGUGAACAGGGAAUGCUGGCCCUGCUGUAAUUAAAGAAAUAUACAAAUUUGUUUACUUUAAAAAACUCCCCCUUCCCACCCCUCUUGCUUUGACAUUUUAAAAGUUUGGUGUCAUUGCCUAGCUUACCCACAUCUGCCCUCGAUGCUUUUUUUUUUUUUUUCUUCGAAAUUGUUGGUGUUUUUGCCUCUGUAAAAAGAGUUUUUUGUGCCUGGCAAGUUGGAAGGAAUUGCAGCAUUAAGGAGUGGGAUUUUGUACCAUACCUGUUUAUGCGGCGAGCGGAUUUGUCAUUCAUAUGUAGACAUACAAAUAUACAUAACUAUAUACAUAUACAGAACUACUUUCCCUCGCAAACAAGACUUCAUCCUUUCCCUGGCAUUUGUGUCGGUCUCAAUCCAAACCCGGUCUCUGCCCCUUCCCUCUUAGAAUCGUCUCUUGGCUCGUGCUUUUCGUACUUAUAGGUUCCCCCCCCCUGCCCCCCCUUACUUGGCGUUUUGAAACUGGACAAAAAAUAUUACUGGGCUAAGGUUUCUUGUUGCAGUGUUGGUUUUCGGUCGAGCAAGACCUCCUUCUAGGGAGCGGCCCCCCAGAAUCUCAGGUGUGAAGGAUAUUUGGGGGGAAGGGGUUGUGUUUCGCGUUAAAUGAUCACGAGCGUUGCAAAAGAGUUGACAUUCCAUGCCUCUGUACAGCUGCAAAGCAAAGUCCUGCGCUGUGAACGGCGAUGUACACUAGGUUGUCGGGAUGGUGGUGGUAGUGAAUUUUUUGUCUUUUGUUCUUUUUUUUUUUUUUGUUUCCAGUGGUGCUCCUCACUCGGUGCACUCUGAUGGAUGUAAAACACAUGGAGUGAACAGUAACGGUGUGUACAAGAGCGGAGAAUUUUUAAAUAAACGAUGCUUCACCUUGGUA